GGGGGCGGGGGCGGGAGCAGAGGCGGGAGCGGGGUAGGGGUAAGGGCUGGUAGAGGUUUAAAUAGGAGGCCCUAGAACCGCGAUCCAGCGCCAGCUGAGGGGCUGAGAAGGCCAUCAAGGAGAAAAAGGUUGCAGACGUGACAGAGACAAGGCUCCGAGUCUGAACAGGGGUCUGCGAGUGGGUCUAUCUGAUUCCCCAGUGGUCUGUGCCGCAGCGCUGAUCAAGUGCUGAUAGCAUCUGUGCAAGAGUCGGGUCCUGCCUGUUCCCGCGAUAGAGCUGCUAUCCCAAUUCUUGGUUCCUCAGACGGCGUCCGACACGAUGACCCUGAAUGGAGGCAGCGGAGCGGGCGGCAGCCGUAGCGCGGGCCGGGAGCGCGACCGUCGUCGAGGCAGCACCCCAUGGGGCCCGGCACCCCCACUGCACCGCAGGAGCAUGCCGGUGGACGAGCGAGACCUUCAGGCGGCGCUAACCCCGGGCUCCCUGGCAGCGACUGCAGCUGGAACUCGGACACAGGGGCAGAGGCUGGACUGGCCUGAAGGCUCCUCCGAUUCGCUCAGUUCUGGAGACAGCGGCUCAGAGGAUGGCGUUUACAAGGUGCUGCUGCUGGGGGCACCUGGUGUGGGCAAGAGCGCUCUGGCGCGCAUCUUUGGUGGUAUAGAAGACGGACCUGAAGCAGAAGCAGCAGGGCACACAUAUGACCGUUCUAUCACUGUGGAUGGAGAAGAAGCAUCACUAAUGGUCUAUGACAUUUGGGAACAGGAUGGAGGCUGCUGGCUGCCUGGCCACUGCAUGGCCAUGGGGGAUGCAUAUGUCAUUGUGUACUCAAUAACGGACAAGGGCAGCUUUGAGAAAGCCUCAGAACUCCGGGUCCAGCUGCGGCGGGCACGGCAGACAGACAAUGUGCCCAUCAUCCUAGUGGGCAACAAGAGCGAUCUGGUGCGCUCUCGUGAGGUCUCUGUGGAUGAGGGCCGGGCCUGCGCAGUGGUCUUCGACUGCAAGUUCAUCGAGACCUCCGCAGCACUGCAUCACAACGUCCAGGCACUGUUCGAGGGUGUUGUGCGUCAGAUACGCCUGCGCAGGGACAGCAAAGAGGAUAAUGCUCGUCGACAAGCUGGCACUCGACGACGGGAGAGCCUUGGCAAGAAGGCCAAACGCUUUCUGGGCCGCAUAGUAGCUCGCAACAGCCGCAAGAUGGCCUUUCGUGCCAAGUCCAAGUCCUGCCAUGACCUCUCUGUUCUCUAAGGCCAACGGCCCCCUUGUUUGUGGGUCAGUAGAUGGAUGGAAGGGCUGGCCCAGCCAACUGCUCUAAAUGUCUCAGAGUUGGCCCACCCUCCGUAUUUCUCAGAACUGUCAACUAUGCACAGCCUGUCUCACGGUCAUGGACAGAUAGUGCUGACCAGGGAGGCAACUCCAAACGGCCAUCGAGGCCUGGGCCUAUGGAGAUGCAUGUGCAGGCCCACGUGCAUACCGAGCAGCCUGAACCCUGCUCUUGGACAGGACUCUGCCUUUCUCCAUGUGGGUGUCUGCCCUGGAGGGAGGCUGUUCUAUAUGCUUGCUGUUUGUUUACAUGCAGAUUUUUGUAAUAAAGACUAUUUCCUGACAAA